AUGUUUGUAUUUACAGAUACCAACCCAUACAGUGAUGGAGCGCAUAUUGCCUUUCUGUUAGAUGGGAGCGCAGCUGUUUCCUGGUUUGAGUACCGCAUACAAAAAGAAUUUGUGAUGCGAGUUAUGUUGGAGCUCGAAACUUACUCGACCCAGUUUAAUGCUGCAGUGGUUGAAUACAGUGACGAGGCCACGUUGUUGAUUAACUUUACUCAGAGAUUUGAUUUACAUCUCUUUUUGAAUAGACUCAUUACUUUGCCAGAAAACUCUGGUGGAUGGCCGCAAAGAAUAGAUAAAGCUCUAACAUUCACAUCGAAAUAUGUUUUCACGAGCACAGGGCAGGACAUUCCAAAGAUUGCCUUUCUGUUUGCUUAUAGUAAAUAUCUACCACCCGGCUUUCAUAGAAAAGCCUCUGAAUCACUGAGACAAAAAGGAGUCCGCAUUUUUGUUGUCGAGAUGAAUAACAUAAAUCCAAGAGAGGAGCUGCGGAAUAUUACAGAGAGGGAGGAUGAUCUGAUACGUGUGUCGGAGUUUUUUGAUUAUAUGGACUUGGUAACUAAAGUUCUGUUGGCAAUUGAUAAUCCAUCGGUACAAUUAGCUCAAGAUGUAAGCUUUCUGUUUGGUGGUAGAAAAGCCUCUUUGACGUGCAUCGCAUCGGGCUGGCCCCUUCCCACAGUCAAAUGGUUCAUAAGUGGUGAAGAGCUUACAAAUGGUGAUGUGAACCAGACUAUUUCUCUAAGAGAAGAAAAAAACCAAAAGCAGCUCAAUUUAUCUCUUUAUAUUUCCGAAGCCAACAUGAAACAUGCCGGAAAUUUUACCUGUGAAGCUAAAAACAAGUAUCACACGAAAAGACGUCAUAUUCAAGUCUCACUUACCUGUCCACCAGAACACUUCACACUCACCACUUCGCCUCCUCGAGUUGCACCAAGAGGAAAUGCAACUUUAAAAUGUGAAUUUGAAGGUAUGGAUCGCCGACACUUAAAUUCUUACUACUGGCAUUGGAGAUUCAACGAAAAAGAAAUUAAAGAGAACGAAAGAUACAAGAUGCUUUACAACCACCUGCCUCCUAACUUUUGUCAGCAGUCAAAAGGGUGGGCCGUUCUCCAGAUCAUGAACAUUUCAGAAGACGAUUUGGGACAAUACGAGUGUGCCUUACAGUUGUCCAACAUAACACUCGCAGAAAACGAUAUUCCCCUUUACGACGUUGGAGUUUCUAAAGUACCUUUACGCCCUAUAAUUGUGACCUCUGAGGCAAUCAAGUGCGGACAUGCAGUAAAAGUGGAAUGGAUACCUCCACGCAAAGCAAAAUCUAGAAUGAGUUCAGUUAGUGGAUAUGAACUUGUGUUAACACCACAAAGCGAUUCUAUCCACCAGACCAUUAACUUAUCGAGUGAGGUGCGUUCCCAUGAGUUUGGUGGGCUCAAGGUUAAUGCAGUUUAUAAAGUGGAACUACGAGCAAAAACCUCCGAGGGCUUUGGUCUUACAGCAGAAGAACAGAUAACAACAACUGCAGGUAAGGCCAAGAUAUGAACAAUUUUAUGGAUACGGUAGUUUUUGUUUGCUGUUAUUGUCGACAUUGUCGUUGCUACUUUGCUUAAUCAAAUAAACCCUUAAACUUGCGAGUUCAAGGUAGGGGAGGGG